UAAUAAUAUAUUGUUUUGAGUAUGUUAUUUCGUUAGUAAUAUUGUAUUCAUGUUGAUAAAUCUCAUUAUUUUAUUUUCGGAACAUAGCGAGCAAUGCAUUUUGGCAUUAUUAUCAUAUGCACAACUAGGAGGGGGGUGUUAGGGACCUUAGCCCACCAAAAAUUAAUAAUAGCCCCCCGAAAUAAAUAAUAUUUUACUUAUUCUUGAAUUAAAUUAAAAAUAUGGAUUUUCAAUAUUCGUAUUCCAUUCGUUUUCUAACAGACAAUCACAAUUUUCGUAACCAGAAAGAGCAGAAAGAUGGUUGUAAUAUAAUUGCAGAUAAUAUAAAAACAGUUGGUACAGAUUGUUUAACAUGGUUAAAUUCGAAUGCUAGAAUUAAAAUUUGUAGCAAAUUUGUGUGCCAAAUUACCAGUCCUGGCGUCAACAAACAGAUCUGAUACAAUAUUAUCUACUUUAUCAACUGUCCAGAUGUACGUCUAAAGGUAACAUUUUCUUCUAAUCGAGCCAAAAAGCAUGGCAUAAUAAGAUUGGAGGUGACAAUGUAUAACUAUGCCAUUGGAAAUUAUUAUAAGACAGGCGACGUAUUUAAACCACUGGGAGAUAGUUUAAGUUUAUUGAAAAAUAGUAAAAUGUAUUUCCAAUAUGUGCCGUUUUAUUCGGUGCGAUUGCUAAAAUUUGAAUGAAAUUGACAAACAGUUUACAGAAUAGCUAUUGCGUUGUGUUUAAUAAUCUCUUGCAAUACAUAUAUUGGGGCAAUUCGAAUACAAAAAAAUUAACUGGAAUACAAAUUAAAUUAUCCGUUAAACGAAAACAGAGAGAUAAGAUCAUAAAAUAUCUUUUAUUAUCUUAUUAUUUUAUAAUAUAUAUAUUUUAAUAAUGCGUAUGUGUAUAAUUUUAACUGUUUAUCUAUAAACUGUAGUAAAUAUCGAGGACAUUGGAUUGAUGAAAACUAACAAUGUUUUUCUCCAGAUUCUAAGGAAAAGAUGUAACAAAACCAAUAAACUAUAUCCGUAUACAAUAAAAGAAAUAGACCCUCUCGUCUGCAUACGUAACAUCUGCGGGAAAACUGAAAAUUAAAAUUGGAAGAAAUAAAUACAAAAAAAAUAAAAAUAAAUUAUUUGUCAAAGACAAUUUCCAUUGAAGAUUGGCAUAUGCAUCUGUUAGAGAAAGAACACGAGGCUAUGCGAUUAAAAAAAAAUAUAAUAAACUAUUUUAAUAAAAAAUAGCGAAAUUUGGAUACAGAUGGUUUUUACCGAAUUUCUGCUUUUACUGUUAAUAAUAAAGGAAAAUAUCCAUACGUUUGAGUACUUGCCGAAAAAAAUGAGACUAAAAGUGUAUACUUCUUAAAAGGCUGUUUUAAAUUUUUUUUUAUAAAUCUAUACAACACUAGAGAAAAACUUAAAGAAGAAGGAUACUUUUUAAUUUCAUUUAACGAAAUGGAAUUAAUAGUCCUUCCGACAGAAGAAACUAUUAUAACAUUUAAUACUAAUGGAGUAACUACAUUUAAUAGUAAUUCGUUCACUAAAAUGGAAAAUGUUCAAUUAUUCUUGGAUAUAUUACAAGAUAUGAUUGUUUUACCUUUUAAUCAAAACGAUAUGCAAGAAAUAAAAGGUCAUGUUAAAGUUACACAGUGUCCGCGUUUGAAAAAAAGGAAUUAGUCAUAAUUCGAAUUAAAUAAAUACGUCACAGAAACAAAGUUUGUUACAUAAAGCUUGGUACGAUAACCUGAAUUCAUUGUUUGUGUCAGAUUUCUGGCUGGAGAAAGAAAUGGCAGAUGUUAAUAUAGAUUUAAAUUAUAAGAUAAAAAUAAAAAUGAAUAGAAUUAAAACUACUCUUAGUCAAAAUAAAAAAAGGCAGGUCUUUUGUGUGUAAUAAUAUGCAAC